GAUAACAUGAACCUCAAGCUAUUUGCCCCAUCCUAAAAAAGACGUAGCCCAGGCGACGGAAGGAGUAUUCACAUACUUAGAUCCUAGUACCUACAUGUAUGUACCUAAGAACACACUACUUAUUUUCUUUCAUCACCACUCCUCCAACUACUCAGUGAUUAUUCAAAAUCCUAUCCUAAACCUAUAAAGGUAAGCAUCCCAUACCUAUACUCCUCACCAACACCAAAAAAAAUGGUCGCCACCACUAACGGCACUGCUCCUUCCGCAGUGGCCACUGGCCCUGCUGUUGCUGCCAAGUAUGACUUGCCUCCUGGUUUUUCCCUUGUCUAUGAAUUCGUGUACGAGUCUGUUCCUGUCGUGAUGGCUCGCCAUGACGCUAGCAAGCUCGCAAUCUGCUUGGCACAAGUCAAGUCACCCUGCGUCAAUGGCUACUUUGCAGUACAUACAGAGGCUUUCGAUGACUAUGGAGUUCCGCAUACGUUGGAGCAUUUGGUCUUCAUGGGUUCGAAGAACUACCCGUAUAAGGGAAUUUUGGACCUGUUGGCGAACCAGUGUCUGGCACAGGGGACGAACGCAUGGACGGAUACGGAUAACACGACAUAUACGGUACUACUUCCGACUUUUGUAGUUGAGGCUUUUCUGUACUACGGGCCUUUGUAGUUGAGGCUUUUCAUCUGUACUUGUGGGUGCCACUGCGAAAGGGAUUUCAAUUUUUUGAAGAUAAUCCCCACUGCCUCUUUCAGAUCGAGACCGCCGGAUCCGAAGGCUUUCUUCAGAUUAUGCCAAUCUAUCUCGACCAUAUGUUCUUUCCGACACUGACGCAAGAGGCUUUUCACACUGAAGUGCACCAUAUCGAUGGUGAGGGUGUGGAUUCAGGUACUACUACUACUUAGCUUUGUUGGCCAUUCUUCAAGAACUUCAUUCUAAUUUUCAUCUGUAUCAUGCUUUCCUUUGUACUAAUUGAUGCGGGAAGUACUAGUAUAUCACUUUCACUCCCAUUGUUCUUUUGACUAAUUCUUUCUCACUUCUUCACUCGCCUAACCCUAACUCCAACUAACUGCUCAUCCAAUACCAGGCGUCGUCUACUGCGAGAUGCAGGCUCGUGAAAAUGAGAUGGACGACAUCAUGGAAUAUGUGCGCAAAGGGAUUCUUUUCACGGACAAGAACAAAUCCCUGAAAGCCGAAACCGGUGGGCGACUGAAAGAAUUGCGUGAAUUAACGAACAAGCAGAUCCAGGACUAUCAUGCCGAGUACUACACCCCAGAGAACGUCUGUGUCAUCGUUUGCGGUCAAGUCGGGCUACGGGAAUUGUGCGAGAAAACCGUUCCGAUCUUGGCUGAGUGGGAGACAGUUCGAGGACCUUUUGAGAAGACCAGACUGGAGAAGAGGCCGUUCUCAACUACUGCUUUGGAACUUCCCACCAAGGGGCACUACAAGGAGCACCAGUUUCCGGCUGAAGAUGACGAGGCAGGCGGUUGCGUGCAAGUCUCGUGGUUUGGCCCACAUUGGGGAAAAUUCGACGAGAUCCUGGCUUGUGAAACGCUGCUGGACUACUUCUGCAAGGAUAGUUCGUCGCCAUUGCGGAAAUUUUUCUGCGAAGGAAAACCAAUGUCCUCGAUGUCGUCCACCGGAACUACAUCUGGUGAAUUUAAGGGGAGGUUAAAGGUGCUUUUCUUACCGCUUUUUAUGCCUCUCUCCCUUAGGAAGAGAAAGGCAUAAAAAGCGGGGUAAGCAAGCACCAAAAGCCUACCUCUAAUGAAUCAGCCACGACUGGAACUACAUCUUCUAGGGAACCGUUUUGCGGACACAUCUCUUCCGGCAAGCUGGAAGUCGCGCACAUCGUCUUCACAGUAGAGCUGGAGAGCGUCAAUUUGGAGACCGUCGACGACUACACGACUGUUGGUGGUGCGAGCAAGAAGAUUGACGAGGUGAUUUUAGAUGUCAUUAAACACGAGACGACUAGCUGUGAGAAGUUUGACUACGACCGCUUGCGGUCAAUCUUGGAACUUGGAAAAAGGAAGCAUUUGCAACGUCUCGAGUCUAGUCCACAUGAUACCUACGCUGACUUCUUGAGUUCCGAAUUCUUGUUUGGGCCGACGUUUGCCAGAGGUAGUCGUGGCUCUUCUGAGCAAACGACUUCUCAGCCUGGUGCAGUCUUGCUAGAACACAUGUCGAAGGUCGAGCGCUACGACCGACUGCUUGACGCUACAGCGUGGCCAGUCUCAAGAUGGUUGGGCUUGUUGCGGAGUGUCUUUGUCGACAACCACCGCGUUUGCCUGUUCGGCAAGCCGUCUAAGGAAACAGCAGAGAAGCUUCAGAAUGACGAGGAACAGCGAUUGGAAGCACAAAAGAAGCAGAUCAUCGAUACCCCACUAACAGCGGGAUCUGCACUUGGCGGCGGUUUGGCUAGGUAUCAAGCCGAUCUCGAUGCUGCUGACGCGAAAAACGGUAUCGAUCCUCCCAGUGAGGUUCUGGCAAAUUCCAUCGAAGCACCGGAUUUGCGCAAGGUCCAGUUGAUUCCCUGUGAAACGAAGAACGUCGACAAUGUACCACAUGUGAGAGCGCAAUUUGACUCGAUCGAUGGCGCACAGUUCUGCGAUCUGCGAUUCGUGUAUCAACUGCCAACUGCAGUUCUGGAGUCAAGACCCGACCUAUUGGCUGUCCUCCCAGUGUGGCGAGCAUUGGCUUUUCAGUCACCACUGAAAGCGAGCAAGCUUGGACCUGCUUUGACGGCGGAUGAAACGGUGAAGAAGGUCACCGAACUCUUCAACGCGUCGCAUCUGCAGAUCUCUGCUGGGCGCGGGGCGCACAGUCCCUUCGGCGUUGGUCCAGUGGCGACUGACGCGUUGUUCUUCUACGCCAAGGUCGCGAAGUCGGCAACCGAGACUGGAGGACAGUUUCUGUUGCGCAUCAAGGAGGACGUCCUGUUCACAGAGGAGAAGGUAAAAGUUGCGGUCUCGAAACUGCUCAACGAGCUGCCACAGGAGAAGCGAUCGGCGUGGCCAUUGUGCUGUCUAGCUAGCAGACCGUUGCUAGCCGCAGAUAGCAGCAUGUCGAAGGUGCUGUCUUGGCCGCAGAUUCUGAAGGAAUUUGCAGGACUAUCGGCUGGAGCUGCAGGUGGAAAGGGUGCAGGUGGAAGUCCAGAUGAAGAUGGAGAAGGAGACGACGAGGGCAUGGAGGAUGGAGAAGGAGACGAUGGAGGUGAGGAUGAAGAGAUGGCGGCAGCUUCUCAAACAGGCGAAGCCGAAGACGCCAUGUCGGUUGUCUCAGCAGCCGCUGCUGCUGAAGCUGAAGCGAGUAAGGCUGCAGCUGUCCAGCUCACUGACGAACAGAAAGCAGCGAAAUUCCAAGAGAUUCUCGCGAAACUGCAGGAGUUGCAAUCUCAUUUAACCUCAGUAGCGGUUCACGUUGGUGGAGAGGUGAAAUCAGAAUCAACGCGCUCGUUCUUCUUGAAUGACCUCUGGAAUUUGAGCAGCGUGAAAUACCAAGCUCUCAAGUCCUGGAAGGGUCUGAAGAUGGGCUGCGAUGAAACUAAGAAGAUCUUCGACCAAUUAGCAGUUCCAGCAACAGCAACGUCUACAUCUUCACCAACAGGCAUCAUCGUCUACGCGUCCUCUAUCGAGUCCAACUACCUGAGAAUGCAGACACCUUGCUUCUCUGAUCUCAACCAUCCAGACGUCGUGCCACUUCUUCUAGCCUGUGAGUGCUUCGUCAUGCUCGAAGGCCCCUUCUGGCGUAAGAUCCGUGGAAAAGGUCUCGCUUACAAUUACGACUUGGGGUUGUCUUUGGACAACGGUAUGCUGACUUUUGUGUUGCAGAAAAGCUCGAAUCCGGUAUCUGCAUUGGAAGAAGCCAAGAACAUCGUGAGAAUAGCGAUCCAAGGGAAGAUGAACAGCGAUGGUGCUGAGGCAGGCGAUUCCGUCACCAACCUCCUCAGAGAUCCAAUAGUCCUUCGUGCAGCUCGAUCUGGCAUCACCUACGAUUUGAUUGCCGGUAUUUCUACAGUACCGAACAUCAUCGGUAGCUCUUUCGUCGACACGAUCUCAAGGCGUGGUGCGAAUCGCGUGUCGCGUGUCUUAGCUCGGUUGAUGGAGGUUACGCCAGAAGACGUGCAAAGAGUCGCGAAGCAAUACAUUGCGCCUUUGUUCUCGAUAGAAGAUGUCGAUGGUGCAGCAGCUAAGUCUUCAUCUUCUACUGUCUUGUUCUCCGCUUCAACGCCGACGAACAAGUUAGCGAAGACGCAACAAGAUUUCAGCGCGCUCGGCUUCAAGGCAGUCGCUCUCAGCGUCACUGAGAUUGAGGAGACGUUCAGCAAACCAGAAGGUUACGCGGAAGUGCGUGAAAAGCUGAAAGCGCUACAUCUUCAGUGAGGCGUUUCUAGUACACAUCCGACCGUCGAAAUCGCUACUUGAUGUACUUACACGUGAGUGGUUCAACACACACCUGAAGUGUGCGUUGUGUAACAAAGGGCUGAUUUUCUGGUACUGGUACUGAUGAAAUGAAAGUAAUGUUGAUGGAACUUUUUCAAGGUCGAUCCCGAUCGUCUUCACUGCUUUUUUUCAGUAACUUGCGCUCUCACCCCUAUGCAGCAAGGCA